UGUUUUUUGAUAAGCCUGUAUGUGUGAACGUUUGCAGCUUCCUUGAUCUGCAGUGAUAUUUAACUGAUCAUCGUUGUAGUUUGGACAAUGAAUAAGACAUUUAAAGAUUCAAACUCCAGUUUUUUUUUGUUUUUUUUUGCAUGAUUAUGACAUUUUUCUUGUCCAGAUGAUGUUUGAAAAUGAUCCAUAUUUGAAGCCCAGGCUCGUGAAUGUGUGUGGGCCUCAGAAGAACAAAAAUAAAUCCACUCUGCAGCUCCCUGCUCCUCCUCCAGACACUCCACCACUAAUAAUGUGAUCAGAUGCAUUAAAGUUUUACCUUACAUCCAUUAAACUGAGACAGACCUGGGAGCAGAGGUUUGUUUAAUUCAUUUAUACCUUCAUGAAAUAUUGGGAAUUGUCCACCAGAUAUAUCCAGGCCCAGAGUGAAGAUGUUGAAAAAAGCUGAAGCCUACAAAACUGUGUCUGGAGUCAAUGGUCCGCUGGUGAUCCUGGAUCAGGUGAAGUUUCCGCGGUACGCAGAGAUCGUCCAUCUCACGCUGCCCGACGGAACGAGGAGGAGCGGUCAGGUGUUGGAGGUCUCCGGCUCCAAAGCUGUGGUGCAGGUGUUUGAGGGGACUUCAGGUAUCGACGCCAAGAAGACGAGCUGCGAGUUCACAGGAGACAUCUUACGGACGCCGGUCUCUGAGGACAUGUUGGGUCGUGUGUUUAAUGGAUCAGGUAAACCCAUCGACAAAGGACCUGCCGUCCUGGCUGAAGACUUCCUGGACAUCAUGGGUCAGCCCAUAAACCCUCAGUGUCGUAUUUACCCCGAGGAGAUGAUCCAGACGGGAAUAUCUGCCAUCGACGGCAUGAACAGCAUCGCCAGAGGACAGAAAAUACCCAUCUUCUCUGCUGCAGGGCUGCCGCACAACGAGAUCGCCGCUCAGAUCUGUCGUCAGGCCGGUUUGGUGAAGAAGUCCAAGGACGUGAUGGACUACAGCGAGGACAACUUCGCCAUCGUUUUUGCUGCCAUGGGGGUGAACAUGGAGACCGCUCGCUUCUUUAAGUCCGACUUUGAGGAGAACGGUUCCAUGGACAACGUCUGUCUGUUCCUCAACCUGGCCAACGACCCCACCAUCGAGCGAAUCAUCACGCCUCGUUUAGCUCUGACAUCAGCAGAGUAUCUGGCCUAUCAGUGCGAGAAACACGUCCUUGUCAUCCUCACCGAUAUGAGCUCUUACGCCGAGGCUCUGCGAGAGGUGUCUGCAGCCAGAGAGGAAGUGCCGGGCCGGCGUGGUUUCCCUGGUUACAUGUACACCGACCUGGCGACCAUCUACGAGAGAGCGGGCAGAGUGGAGGGACGGAACGGCUCCAUCACUCAGAUCCCCAUCCUCACCAUGCCCAAUGACGAUAUCACUCAUCCCAUUCCCGACCUGACGGGUUACAUCACUGAGGGACAGAUCUACGUGGACCGACAACUUCACAACAGACAGAUCUAUCCGCCCAUCAACGUGCUGCCGUCUCUCUCUCGUCUGAUGAAGUCCGCCAUCGGGGAGGGAAUGACCCGCAGAGACCACUCUGACGUCUCCAACCAGCUGUAUGCGUGUUAUGCCAUAGGGAAGGACGUGCAGGCGAUGAAGGCGGUGGUGGGGGAGGAGGCUCUGACAGCUGAUGACCUGCUCUAUCUGGAGUUCCUCACCAAGUUUGAGAAAAACUUCAUCUCCCAAGGUGCCUACGAGAACCGGAGCGUGUUUGAGACUCUGGACGUCGGAUGGCAGCUGAUGAGGAUUUUCCCCAAAGAGAUGCUGAAGCGGAUCCCUCAGAGCACCCUGGCCGAGUUCUACCCCCGAGAGGCCAGACACUAAAACUGACACAUCAUCAGCUUCCAUCAGUGAACCCUCACUGCUGCGUACUUACCGUGACGUGACGUAAUGCUGUGACCGUUUGAAAACUCGUGACUUUCAUGUGGCCUUGAAUGCACCAUUCCUGCUUUAACGAGAUGACGAGGGUAACGCUGAUUUGACAUGUUUACAGUGUGAAUGAAAAGAGUGUGGAUGAGUGGAACAUUGUGUCUGAAACGCUUUAAUGGAUUUUAUUGAAUUAGGUUAUUAUAGUAACGUAUUUAUUUUAGCAAAAGAUAUAUUGAAAU